AUGAUUGACGCCGAGCUUCAAGACAUCUCACAUAUUGCUGAUCAGAAAAAAAAGACUGCAGCGUACAAGACUUUGCUGGAAAAACAGUUACAUGACGUAAAUAGUCUCAAGAUUAUUGUAACACAUUUACUGGAAGAAGAUGUGCUCUUGGUCAUAUCACGUGCUGUGGUCACACAUUUGGCUUCUGUAAUCGCAGACAUCGACGUCGAUGCACAUCCGUGGAAACUCGAGUUUAUCUGCUUUUGCUUGGCCAAGAUCAAGCCUCGUAUCCUGUCAUUCGAGGAGCCUGAUGUCCUAUUUCGGGAGUCAUUGGCAGCCAUGUACAUGUAUGAGGAAGAGUACAUUGAAGCAGCCAAGGCUCUAGCUGCUAUCAAUCUUGAGAGCUCUACACGUCAAUACACGGACGUAGAAAAAGCUGAAAAGUACGUAAAAAUUGCCGAGCUUUAUCUCCAAGAAGAUGAGACAGUGGAUGCCGAGAAUUUUAUCAAUCGUGCGUCGCGUUUCAUACACAAUGUGGAGAAUUGGGCACUUAAACUACGUUUCCAGGUCUCGUACGCACGAAUUCUCGACUCGAAACGCAAGUUUCUGGAUGCGGCGCUGCGGUACUAUGAGUUCUCACAGUCUAAGCCUGAUGAAGUCGACCCGGACGAUUUGGUGGAAUUACUAAGCAAAGCUGUUACCUGCGCCAUCUUGGCUUCCGCUGGCCCGCAGCGAUCACGUCUUCUGGGCACACUCUACAAGGACGAACGGGUGAAAAGCAGCGAACAUGUGGCAAUCCUGGAAAAAAUGUACAUGGAGCAGUUGAUACGUUGCCCGGAGCUCGUGCAAUUUGAGAAAAGUCUGCUACCCCACCAGAAGGCAGUGCUGUCAAACGGCUUUACGGUGCUCGAAAAUGCCUUCCUCGAGCACAAUCUACUUGCCGCUAGUCGAGUGUACAGCAGCAUCUCACUCGAAGAGUUGGGUAAGCUCCUGGAGAUCGAACCUGUCAACGCUGAGCGCGUUGCAGCUACGAUGAUCGGAGAAGACCGUAUGAAGGGCAGCAUCGACCAGCACCUGGGCUUCCUUGAAUUCGAGAACACGGAAGACGAGGUCUUGGCUGCUUUUGACACCCGAAUCAGCUCCGUGUGUUUCAACGUCAACCAAUGCGCUGAACAGAUCGAGCUGAACUACCCAGGCCUUAUGCGACCACUAACUACUACUGUGGCAACGUCGACUGUUUCUUAA